AUUUCAUACCAUUGACGUAAAUAAAAAUGCAGAGCUCAAAAUACACCUCAGAAGAAAUUGAAAGAAGGGACUCUAUAGAAACAGUUUGGUCUGAUACGGCAAAGCUAAAUAAUGAUUCCGACGUUCCGUCUUCUACCUCUGUAUCUAUGGAUACCUCCGAAAAGAAAGAACCAGAAGCAACGCUCACAAACAAGGAGAAAAUGAAGCUUAUGAUGCAAUAUGCAAUGCCACUGGUGACAAUGCUACUUAUCGAUGUUGCACUUCCCUUAAUACUGUUUUAUGUCUUGAAAAUAUGGCUUAACCUGAUUGUUGCACUUGUACUAUCCGGAAUUCCUCCCUUAUUGCAUAUCAUUUAUAAGUUUUGGAAAAAAAGAAAGGUCGAUGUUUUAGGAUGUAUUAUCGUCAUAACGUUUAUACUUACGGCAGUACUUUCUCUUAAUAGUGGUGAUGUUCGUGUGGCGCUACUACGUGAUUCUGCAACAACAGCCUUUGUUAGUGUUUUGUUUUUUAUAUCUUUGAUACCGCUCAAGACAAGAUGGUUCAGAAUUAGACCACUUGUUUUUGUCUUCGGUAAGCAGAUGAUGGAGGGAGCACCUCCACAUACAUGGACCGAUAUUGAAGGGGAGAAACACGAGAAAGAUCAAAUGGAGUUCAUUUGGGAACUAAGCAGUAUGUUUAGAAAGCACUGUUAUAUUGUGUCAGGACUAUGGGGCGUAGUACUUAUGGGAGAAUUUGCUGCAAAAGUCAUCAUGAUUAAGAGUACUCUCAGCGUCGAAAAGGUUGUACUUUAUGGCAAUAUCAUUGUUGCUGCCGUAGUUGGACUAAUGAUCGUAGGAUCUACUGUGACUUCCACUCUUAUGCAAAAGAAAAUUGUGGUCCUUAUGGCUGAAUGGAAAUCCGCGAAUGAUUUUACAAAAAAGUAGUAGGAUGCAUACCUUUCUUGAAUAAAACUACAAUGUAUUAAAGCUGCCUUUUAAUCGAACAAUAUAUCUUGUUUUACGUUAUGUGCGCCCUUGAAAUAGUUAAUUCAGUGUAAUUCAUGCUGAUAGGGAAUGGCAAUAUCAAUGUUCUGGAUUGAAAUUUAAGCUUCAAAAUGCUACUGAUCCUUAGUAUUGCUUUGUGGUGACUGUUAUAUCUAGAAUUAAAUAAAC